AUGAAUCAUAACGCAUUGCUUUUUGCUGCGCUAGCAAAACACAAACUGCGAAGUCGAAGCACCUUUUCCGCGCAAGCCAAAAUCCUUUCUUCUUCCAGACCCUAGAGCUAGAUUGAGCCGACGUAGUACGGGUGGGUUACCACGGUGCAAUACAGAGACCGGCGAAAUGAGCGUGAUCGACAUCCUAACGCGAGUCGAUGCGAUCUGCAACAAGUACGACAAAUACGACGUCGAGAAGCAGAAGAAUCUCAAUGUCUCCGGCUCCGGGGACGACGCGUUCGCUCGCGGUUACGCCGCCGUUGACGCCGAAAUCGAAGCCGCUCUUGAGAAAGCGGAGCUUGCUUCCAAGGAGAAAAGCAAGGCGUCCAAUGUAGCUCUCAAUGCCGAGCUCCGUCGGACCAAGGCGAAAUUGCUCGAGGAGGUUCCAAAGUUGCAGAGGCUUGCAAUAAAGAAGGUAAAAGGCCUUUCGACAGAAGACUUUGCAGCCCGCAAUGACUUGGUGCUUGCAUUGCCAGAUAGAAUCCAAGCUAUUCCAGACGGUUCUGCAGCUGCAGCAAAACAACCUGGAGGUUGGGGGCCCUCAGCUUCCCACACAGAAAUCAAAUUUGAUUCAGAUGGUCGGUUUGAUGAUGAAUACUUUCAAGAAUCUGAGCAGUCAAAUCAGUUUAGGCAGGAGCAUGAAACACGUAAGAGGAGGCAGGAUCAAGGUCUGGAGAUGAUUUCAGAAGGUUUGGAUACUUUGAAAAACAUGGCUCAUGACAUGAAUGAGGAACUGGACAGGCAAGUUCCUCUGGCUGAUGAAAUCGAUUCCAAGGUGGACAAGGCAGCUUCUGACCUUAAGAACACCAAUAUUAGACUUAAGCACACUGUUACUCAGUUGAGAUCCAGCAGGAAUUUCUGCAUCGAUAUUGUUUUGUUGAUCAUAAUCUUGGGCAUCGCUGCUUAUUUGUACAAUGUACUGAAGAAAUGAAACAAAGGGGUACUGUUGAUGGACUUAUCUCACGUUGUGAUAUGUUUGGCUUUCCUUUGCACUGUAAUGUACCUCAAUGACUCCGCUUGCUUGCCUUCCGUGUUUGGCUUGUCAAUCCUGUUUAUGAGUUUUCUGGCGCCAACUUGAAUGUACCUUUCUUGUGUAAAGAUCUCAGAAGUCAGUCAUAUAUGUAUUCAGUUAUCUUCUUUCCUGUUUGUCGAGCAGUAAAUUAUUUUGUGAUCUAAUUUUCCCAUAUUAUCUCUGACUUACGUCUAGUUUAAGUGAAAUGGUCUAGAAGCAGAAGCAGAAAAGCGCGAGUUCUAGAAGAGACGUAUCUUAUUAUAUGUCUCGGUGGCAGUUGAGGGUCACUAAGUUGAAUAUGAUUUCCUUAUUAGAUCACUGGGUUGAGGAUUCCUGCAUCUAGAGGUACAAUAUUUCUGACUUUGUAGUAAACCAGUGAGUGUAAUCUCAUGCCAAGCAAUCUGUACAAAAAGUAUAACUGGAGUACAUGGCAUAAAGUAUAUAACAUUUUCUUUUGAAACGAUUCUAGUGAUUCUUCAUAUGUCUCGGUUAUAUUUAGACCCUUCUCCAGCUGAGGCCACUCAUGUUGACGUUGUGAUGAAUUCAUUCCUUCUGACUGAUGAGGUCUGUAAGGAUUACUGUUCAAAUUGAUCCUAGGAAAUGCGCUGUAUAUUAUUGCCUGAUAAGAUCAACCGCAUAUUUUAUUUGCCUUUUGGAUAUUUACCAUAUCUGUGUGGGCUGUAAAAGUAUUAGAGAUAUGGUUGCUCCUCCCAGAAAAUUACUGUUACAAAAUUUGUAGAAAUUCUAGGACCUGACUUUUCUGCGUAGUAGUUGCUAAUGAUCUUCUGGAACAACUCUCAACAUAAAAGAGUUUUCCUUUUGUACUCGAUGAAACCGAUUACUACAAAUUAUGUACCUUUUAUCAUGGUGGGUCCUUCUCUGGUGUCUAGUUGGUUGCUCUGAAACUUAAAGUUACGAAGCUAUUCAUAUUCUGCCUAAUGGGUUUGCUGUAGAGCACCAUCAUUAGUGUUCUAAAACUGAUCGUCUCCACAAAAGUUGAUAUCGAAGGUAUCCUCACAUAUAGAUAUCAUCGUAUCUUCGUCGAAAUCUCCAUUUUUAGGCUUCUUGCCUAGUGGUGCAGGAGGAAAAAUCUUGAGAUGCAAAUAUGUAAGGCAGCAUUGGGCACUCCUUGUAGAGGCUCCUAGGGCUACUACACUUUUGCCUAACCCGGCAUAGGACCCAGUCGUCUAACUGCAAGGAAAGAGGGGAAGGAGUUGUGAGUUUUGAGAGAAUAUGAAUAGGGAAAAGAGAUUAAAAUGAAGGGUGUAUUUAUUGUUACUUACCCUCAUGGACCCUUUUUGCCUGGCAGUGGAGACCACAGUAUCAGGCAGCCUAUAUUCAUACAUGAUCCAGUCAGUCUUAAUUCCCUUAGGAGGGCGGCCUUUGUAGAAGACAAGAGCCUUCUUGACACCGACGCUUGACAUUGCAGUUGAGGUAAGAAUGGGCUUGUCUGUCCCGGUUGCCUUCCAAUAGCCUGAAGCUGCUGCCCUGUUGGGGCGGGCUCCGUUUGGGUACUUCCUGUUCCUGGGUGUGAAGAAGUACCAUUCGUCCUCUCCAAAGAGCGCCUUGCCUGAUUGUUGCAUACACGGAAAGUUAGGAAGUAGGAAGCAGAAAAGGAAAUGGAGAAGUGGGGAAUUGGCAUUCCUUUCAUAGCAGUAAGGAGGAGGGAGGGGAGUAAUAAUAAUAGCAAUACGUACUUGGUAGGUCCCAUGGGUCGUACUUGUAGAGGUCGAUCUCGGCAACAAUGGAAGCUGGUAGAGGAGCUGAUCGAAUUCUGUUGUUCAAGUACUGAACUAUGAGUUCUUCAUCGGUUGGGUAGAAUCGAAAGCCCGGGGGUAGAUGGAUGUCUGACCCGGAUUUGGUUUCCAUUAUGGGAGGGAGGUUAGAAUAGAAACAGGGUGUUUCUGUUGAGGUUUAGAAAAUGGUGGAAGGAAGGGUUUGGACUUUGGAGGGAGU